AUGACGAAUAGCAAAUUGCAUAAGCAAAAGUUCAUUGACAUGAAGCGAUGUGAAGCAAGAAGGGUCAAUUCCACUGUGGAAAAUUACGCGAAGGAAAAUAUUCCAAUUAAAAAUUCAUUGUUAAUUCGCUUCACAAGCUCAUUAAUGUCUUCAUCUUCAAGCAAGAGUCAAGAUGUGUGUUUGAGUGUUAAGGUCGUCGUUGCAUGA